UUAAUGUAAACCUUCUUCCAGUUGAAAAGCCAAGGUGUCGUUUAUUUUUUUUCUAUAAUCUAUGGCGUACAUAGCCAAGCAGCCAUAGACAAAUCCGCCUUUGACAAUUUCUUUUUUUCUUGAUCCCGGUUGGAAUAUUCUAAAUGGCUCCACCACAGCCUAAGGCGGCGGCCAAGCCCGCCGCAGCGCCCGCGGGCGGUGUAGCCAAGGCCAAGGUUGGCAAACCUAGGAAUUACGACCUGGGAAAUGGAGUGGUUCGCUUCUCCAAAUCAAAGAUGUUCCACAAGAAGGCUAAGUACAGGUUUGUGGGCAAAAAGAACCCCAAGCCCGAGAAGCCCAAGAAGCCCUCCGUGGUGGUGAAGCAGAUUGGUGGUGAGAAGAACGGAGGAACCCGUACCGUGCUGCUGCGCCGCAGGAAGUCCUUCUACCCUACUCAGGACAAGAUCCGCACUCGUCCCCACCACAAGACGUUCAGCAAGCACAUCCGCAGGACGAGGCCCACCCUCACCCCUGGUACCGUGUGCAUCCUGCUGGCCGGUCGCCACGCUGGCAAGCGCGUCGUGCUUGUUGGAGUUCUGCCCAGCGGUCUGCUGCUUGUCACUGGACCUUUUGCAUUCAACUCGUGUCCCCUGAGGCGCAUUCCUCAGCGUUACGUGAUCGGCACAUCCACCAAGCUGGACCUCGGAGACUUCAAGCUCCCCGAGCACCUGAACGACGAGUACUUCAAGAAGAACAAGAAGAGCGCCAAGCGCAGCGUCAAGCGCAAGCAGGGAGAGGACAUCUUUGCCUCCAAGAAAGAGAAAUACGUUCCAUCUGAACAGCGCAAGACAGACCAGAAGUCAGUUGACGAGGCUGUAGUGAAGGCGAUAGGCAAGCGCGCCGACAAGAAGGUGCUGCGAGGCUACCUCAAGUCGGCCUUCGGUCUCCGCUCCAGCCAGUAUCCCCACAGGAUGCGAUUCUAGUUAUAAGGCACAAUAAACAUCUGUGACUAAA